AUGGUAGAGGCACUGAAAACAACUGAUGCUCAGAAAUUGCUAUACCAUCUGAAUGUCCUUUUGGAACAAGAGUCUAGAUGUCAGUCAAAGGUCUAUGGCUUGAGACUAAUUGAGUCUGCACAUUAUAAUGGCCUCAGAAUGACUGCAAGGCUAAGGGACUUUGAAGUAAAAGAACUUCUUCAUUUAACUCAGUUAUUUGGCUUGGAUACAGACACAUUUUCUCUAGCUGUGAAUUUACUGGACAGAUCCCUGUCCAAAAUGAAGGUGCAACCCAAGUACCUUGGGUGUGUUGGACUGAGCUGCUUUUAUUUGGCUGUAAAAUCAAUUGAAGAGGAAAGAAAUGUACCAUUGACAACUGACUUGAUCAGUAUAAGCCAGUACAGGUUCACAGUUGCAGACUUGAUGACAAUGGAAAACACCGUAUUGGAAAAGGUGUGUUGGGAACUCAGAGCUACUACUGCCUUUCAUUUCUGCAACUCUUAUUAUUCAGUCAUUCAAGAGAACAUGCCAUGUGGAAGGAAAAGCAGCCUUAAUUUUGAAAGACUAGAUGCUCAACUUAAGGCAUGCCACUGCAGGAUCGUAUUUUCUAAAGCAAAGCCUUCUGUGUUCGCAUUGUCUAUCAUUGCAUUGUAG